AUGGUUGAAAGUGGUGUCCCCCAGGGUUCAGUACUGGGACCCAUUUUGUUCCUAAUCUACGUGGACGAUGCCGCAAGAGAUUUAGACUGUGAAGUAGCAAUGUUUGCGGACGACAUGAAGAUAUGGAGUGUAAUUCGUGGUCCUGCCGAUGAAGACAGACUGCAGAUGAACCUGAAUCGGUUGGAGGAGUGGUCAAACCGUUGGCUCCUGCGGUUCAACGUUGCCAAAUGUAGCAUACUUCGCCUAGGCAACACAGCCAGAUCCGCCAGCACAAGAGGCUACUUUCUGGGCGGUGCAGCCCUACAAGAGGUCGAAGCCCAAAAGGACCUCGGUGUGCUUACGACGAGUUCCCUAAAACCAUCCGCCCACUGUUCGAGGGUGGCAAAAAGCGCAAUGUCCGUACUGUACGCCAUCAAGCGUGCGCUUAUGGACUUCGACGAAGAAGCCUUCUCUAAGACAUUCGGAACAUUCGUCCGGCCGCAUUUAGAGUACGGCAUACAAGCUUGGAGGCCGUGGGGUGUUGUGGAUCAAAACUGCCUCGAAAGAGUCCAGAGGAGAGCCACGAAGAUGGUCAGGGGUCAAAGCUCCUUUCCUUAUGCGACCCGCCUAGUAAAUCUGAACCUCUUUCCUUUGAGUUACAGGCAACUUCGCGGAGAUCUCUUGCAAGCCUCCCGCAUUGUAAAGGGGUUGGAUUGCAGUCUGGCCUUCGAGGACUUUUUUGAAUUUGCUACCACGACCAACCUCCGAGGUCACCCGUUAAAACUGCGCACUCAGCAGGCACGGCUGGAUGUGCGGAAGUUCUCCUUCUCGGUUCGGGUGGUCAAACCGUGGAAUGAGCUUCCCGCAGAUGUUGUGAUGUCACCAUCUAUACAAAGUUUUAAGAAGAAUCUGGACAUAUUUAUGUUCCGAAAUGACCAAGAGCGAUGA